AUGGAAUAUAAUUUCAGUGGUUCUCCUUAGCCCAUCUAAUUCAAUUAAGGUAAAUAGUAUAAAGAAAUGUUUCCAAGGUUAAAAGCUCCUAAGAAACCAAAGACUCCAGAGGAAUAAAUAUAAAAAAGGUAGCCUAAAGGACCAGGCAUUUUUUUUGAUAUGCAAAAAGGAUUGCAAUAUUAAAAAAUAGAAAAUACUAAAAAGAUUCUCUAAAGAGCCUAGAGCCAAACUUAAAUUGGGAAUAAUUAGUAAUUAUCUUCUUUGCAAGCAACAGCAGCUGCUGCAAUAACUAGCUAAGGAGGAUUAGUACAUUUUGGUGAAAAAAAUUAAUAAAAGCUCUAUUCACCAUACGAAUACUUACAUUAUGCAACCAAAAUUAAUUUUUCAAAGGAAAACUAUUUGAACUCUCUAUAAUAAUUAGGAUUUUAAAAUGUAAAUAAUCUAAAUGAAAAACCGUAUAAUGAUAUUAUGAAUAAGACAUAAAAUAUUAUUGCCAAAAGUUAUAGUUUAAAAUAUUUAGGAGUAAUUGAUGGAAAUAUGGGAAUUCUAUCAAAGAGAAUUAAAAUUUGCGAAGAUCCAAGAGCUCCAACUUAAGACAAAAAGUAAAAGUAGAAAAGUAAAAGAUAGAUGAAAAGCAUGAAAAAGUAUUAAAAUGAAAAUUUACCAGCUAAUAUUAGUCUUAUCCCGUCAACUCACAGACCAGAUUUAUAUAAUUCAUACUUAAUUACAUAGUAUUCUCUUCCAAAAUACCUGAAACCUAUUAUCAAAGAAAAAGACUCCACAAUAAUUGAAGAAAAGUAGAGAAUUGAAAAGUGGAACAUAGAAUAGCUCAAAAAAAACAGUAAUUUUUUUUAGAAUGAGUCAAUUAAUAAUACUGAAGAUAUAUAGUAUGGAAAUAAUAAUUCCACUUCUAUGUCCAUGAAUGCUACUUAUAUUGGAAAAAUAAAACCCAGAAAGUAAUUAAAUGUUAACAGAUAACAUUCACCUUAAUAAAAAAAUGAAUCUCUUAUAAAGCACUAUGCUGAAGUGCCAGAGGAAAGUUUGUGCUAUGCAAUAAUAGACAAAUCAAACGAAGCCCCAAUAAAUCUAAGCUACAGCCGUCUAAUAAAUACUAUAUCAAAAGGUAGUAUAGAUAAAUAGGACAAACAGAUAAAUUAAGAUCAAUAAAUUAUACCUUAAGUGAGUAAAACAACAAAAGACUACUAUAACCACUCUACAAAUGAAUAAAUAAAAAAUUAAACUAUAUACAGCACUAGUUCUUAGUAUAAAUUUACAUAAAAUAAAUAGUUAUAGGAUAGAUUUGAUCACAUAGCUUAGUUUCUUAGUUAAAAAAAGAAAAUUUGA